AUGACAAAUACUAUUUCUGUGGUAUCUCCUACUACUCAGAAAGUCCUUUUUGAAAUCCCUUGUUUAACUUCUGAACAAAUUGACCAAAAAGUACAACAAGCCAAUGCAGCAUUCCCUAGUUGGAAAAAGGAAGGUGUAGAAAAACGUGUCAAGUUGAUGGAACGUUUCUUGGAACUAUUUGCUGAAAAAAAGGAACAAGUAGCUGAAAGUAUUGCUUCUCAAAUGGGUCGUCCUAAACGUUAUGGUGCUGGUGAAAUUAAUGGUGUUGUUGAACGUGCUAGUUAUAUGAUCUCUGUGGCUCAAGAAAGUUUGAAGGAUGAUAUUAUUGAAGAUAAACCUCAAGUGAAACGCUUUUUACGCAAGGAACCUCUCGGAGUCGUGUUUAUUAUUGCUGCAUGGAAUUAUCCUUAUCUUACUAUAGGUAAAGGACCGGAAUCUGAACCUUUUUGUGAUAAAGUAAACAAUCUUAUCCCUGCUUUACUUGUUGGCAAUUGUGUUUUAUUGAAACAAUCUCCUCAAACACCAAAAUGUGCUGAUAUCUUUGUAGAAACUUUACAUGAAGCUGGUGUACCAAAAGAUGUAGUGCAAGUUGUUCAUGUUGAUGAUCAAGGUGCAAAUACUUUAGUGCAACAUCCUGGUAUUCAAUUUGUCAAUUUUACUGGUAGCGUGGCUGUGGGAAAGAAAAUUCGUCAAUCUAUUGGUGACAGUCAACGUUUGAUAGGUUCAGCAAUGGAACUUGGUGGUAAAGAUCCUGCUUAUGUCUUACCUGAUGCCAAUAUUGAUUAUGCUGUGGAAAAUAUUGUGGAUGGUGCCUUUUUCAAUUCUGGUCAAUGUUGUUGUUCUAUUGAACGAUGUUAUGUUCAUGCUGAUGUUUAUGAUGCCUUUAUUGAAAAAGCUGUGACCCUCACUCAGAAAUAUGUUCUUGGUGAUCCCAAUGAUGACAAUGUUACUCUUGGUCCUAUGGCUAACAUUCGAUUUGCCGAAAAUGUUCGAUCUCAAUUGAACGACGCAGUUGAAAAAGGUGCCAAAUUAUUGAUUGAUACUGAAAAGUAUUUCCCUCUAGAUAAGCCUGGUACUUCAUUUGUUGGUCCUCAAAUUUUGAUCAAUGUCGAUCAUUCUAUGACAAUUAUGAAGGAAGAGACUUUUGGACCUGUGUUGGGUAUUAUGCGUGUUGAAUCGGACGAUGAAGCUAUUCAAUUGAUGAAUGAUUCGAAUUAUGGAUUGACAGCUAGUAUCUGGACUUCUAAUCCUGACAAAGCUAUUGAAAUUGGUGAUCGUAUAGAAACUGGAACUUGGUUUAUGAAUCGUUGUGAUUAUAUUGAUCCUGCCUUGGCUUGGGUUGGUGCAAAAGAAAGUGGACUUGGAUUUUCCAUGAGCAAGCAAGGUUUCUCUCAAUUCUUUAGAUGGAUGAGUGAACGUUAUCCUAUGUGUUCACAAUUGAUCACUGAAAACCGUAUUCCUGAAUUUGACAACUUGUAUUUAGAUAUGAAUGGUAUUAUUCACAAUUGUUCACACAACAAUAAUGAAAGUGCCCAUUUUCGUAUUUCGGAAGAACAAAUUUGGAUUGGUAUCUUCAACUAUGUGGAUCACUUGUUUGCAAAGAUCAAACCCAAGAAAACUUUCUUUUUGGCUAUUGAUGGUGUCGCUCCUCGUGCAAAAAUGAAUCAGCAACGAUCUCGACGGUUUAGAACAGCAAAAGAUGCCGAAGACGCUAGAAGACGAGCUAUUAGCAAAGGCGAAGAAUUACCUGAAGAAGAUCCUUUUGACAGCAAUUGUAUUACUCCUGGAACCGCAUUCAUGAAGAAAUUGACUAUGCAAUUACGUUAUUUCAUUUCCAAAAAGGUAUCUGAAGAUUCACUUUGGCGUGAUGUAGAAAUCAUCUUAUCUGGUCCUGAAGUUCCCGGUGAAGGUGAACACAAGAUCAUGGAAUACAUUCGUUUAUCCAAGGCUCAACCUGACUAUAAUCCCAAUACAAGACAUUGUUUAUAUGGUUUGGAUGCGGAUCUAGUCAUGUUAGGUUUAUUGAGUCAUGAUCCUCAUUUUGCUUUGUUACGUGAAGAAGUAACUUUUGGUGGCAAGAAGUCUCGUCAUAAAUCUGUCAGUUUGGAAUCUCAAAACUUUUAUCUCAUGCAUCUAUCUCUAUUACGUGAAUACCUUGAUAAGGAAUUCCGAUCUCUGGAUGGUGUCUUGUCUUUUGAUUAUAAUUUGGAACGUAUCUUGGAUGAUUUUAUCUUAUUGGCUCUCUUUGUUGGUAAUGACUUCUUACCUAAUCUACCCAAUCUACAUAUCAACGAAGGUGCUCUUGGUCUCAUGUUCAACAUUUACAAGAAAGUCCUACCUAAUUGUGAUAGCUAUAUUCAAGAUGCUGGUAGAGUGAAUUUGACUAAUAUGCAACUUGUAUUGAAUGAAUUGGCUCAAACUGUUGAAAAAGAAGCUUUUGAAGCUGAAUUGGUGGAUUCUCUCUAUAUUGGUGGUAAACAACAAGCUGAUUUUGAAGAAAUGCAUCGACUGGAAAAGAAACAAAGGAAGAAGAAGGAACUAGUAUUGACUCCUACACAACGUGAUAUCUUUGAAAAACUCAAAGAAUUUGUAUUGGCUCAUAAACCUGGCAAAUCUGAAGCUCUUCAUUUUCCACCUGAUCUCAAAGCUGUGGAUCGAAGAUUUGUUGAAAUGGUAUCUGAUGACCUUGGAUUGGAAGCUGCUAUUGAAUACUCUAAUGAAGACGAUUCCAAACAUGUUUAUGUGGAAAUCAAUGAAAGUGAUGAAAGUGAUGAAAGUGAGGAAACAGAAGAUGAAGUGGAUGAAGAAGCUAUAGCAGCACGUGAUCGAGUCUUCAAUAAAUACGAUAAUGCACCUGUGGUAGCCGAACUAUCAGCUGAAGAAAUCGAACAACAAGAAAAAGACAAGGCUGAUCAAAAAUUCAAACAAUGGAGGGCGGAUUAUUAUAUGGAAAAAAUGAAUAUCGAUAUUGAUAAUGAAAAGGAAAUGGAUGCCUUGAUUGGUUCUUAUAUCACUGGUAUUCAAUGGGUACUACAUUACUAUUAUGAUGGCGUUGUUUCCUGGGGUUGGUUCUAUCCUUACCACUAUGCUCCAAAAAUAUCUGAUCUGGUCAAUAUUUCCAAGUAUCAAGAUAUUCAAUUUGAACUUGGUCAACCGUUCAAACCUUAUGAACAAUUGAUGGGUGUUUUACCUGCUUUGAGCAAAAAGUUACUUCCUCCUGCCUAUCAAGAAUUGAUGACGGAUCCUUCUUCGCCUAUUAUUGAUUUCUACCCUCGUGAUUUUGAUUUAGAUAUGAAUGGCAAGAAACAAGAUUGGGAAGCUGUGGUGAAGAUUCCUUUUAUUGAUGAAAAACGCCUUUUGGAAGCGAUGGCACGAAAAGAAGGACAAUUAACCAAGUUUGAACGUGAAAUUGCAAGAUUCGGUGACAGUUUCAAGUUCGUAUAUGAAGCUAUACCUGAAGAUGACGAUGAAGCUUCCAAGCAUGUGUAUCCAAGUCCUUUGCCUGGUGUAUUUCCUGACAUUCAUCAUUGUUGUGCUCGUCAAGUACUCUAUCAUCUACCCACUUUGGAUAACAAUAUCACUCUCCGAAAAACUUUGUUGUCUGGUGCCAAAUACGGUAAAGAAUCUUUAGCUGGUUUCCCUACUUUAGCCACCAUCCCUCAUUCAAGUACUCUCAGUUUCCACAAUGUCAAGGUGUUCCAACAAGAUAGCAAGAACGAGACAGUUGUUGUCAAACUCCAUGAUCGAUUUGCCAACAUGAAAACAGAUGAAAUUGCAAAAUUACUUUUGUACAAGCGUGUAUUUGUCCAUUAUCCUUAUCUUCAAGAAGCUGUGGUGAUUGCGGUAUCCAAUGAAACAACCAAGUACACACUCAAGAUUGCAAACAAAAAGCGGAUUGUGAGAGAAACUCCUCUUGAUGAAGAAGGUCAGAAAGAUUGGUCUAAACUUACUGGCCGUGCAGAAUACUUAUCUAGCAAGCGCUUUGGUUUGGAAAUUGGGACUACAGUGACGGCUCUCCACGUGUGUGUCCUUCGAGGUAUGAAACGGACAGAAGAAGGAGCUCUGAUAAAAGAAUAUGUUAGUCCCGCUCAAGAAGAAGUGGUACCUGUUCAAGCUGCGGUGAUGAAAGUAGUGAACGAAGAUCCUCGUACUAAAGAACAUAAAGCUCCUCCUGUGUCUAUCGGAUAUCCUAUCAAUAGUAAGAUCUUCCUUUUGGGUGGUGGUGGACGUUACGGAACAAUGGGAACUAUUACGGGCCAUUCUCAAAAUAACCUUGAUAUUCAAAUGGUGGUACCUGUUUUAUCUCCUCGCGAACUUACACAGCCUACUUUUGGUAUUGAAGCUCGUUCUCAUCAAGAUCAAGUAUCUCAAUACAUGUCCUCCUUUGUUCUGGCUGAAGCUGUCAAAAUUAAUGCAUUGACUCUAUCCAAAAUUACCUCAUCAUUACAAAUUAUGGAUCGAAAUGCGCAAAAGGUCAACGUUGGCCUCAGUCUCAAAUUUGAAGCUCGUCAACAAAAAGUCAUUGGAUAUACUAGGAAAAAUGGUGCUGGUCAUUGGGAAUAUUCUUCAAAAGCGGCUGCAUUGAUCAAGGAUUAUGUCACUACAUUCCCGGAAUUCAUUGUAUUAGUUCAAGGUGGCAAAAAUGGAGGAUUUGGUGGUAUGCUCAAUGCUUCCGAUUUUGCUUGGACUGAAAAUGGAUCUGCAGAAAUCAAACGGAUGAGACAAUGGUUGAAAGAAAGAGGCGUAGAUAGUUUACCAACAGCACCGUUGUCUGCCGAAGAAUUUGAAGAGCCUGUGAUCAAAGUGAUGGAAAAAGCAGCAGAAGAAUACCAUACUUAUUGGGAAAAUCUUGACUUUAAACGUGUCCUUGUCAAAAACACACCUCGAACUGUCCUUUUACGACCUGAAGAUGCCGCCACCAAACUUCAUGAUCAGAUAUUCCAACUUGGUGAUCGUGUGACCUAUGUUUUAGAAAGUGGUGCUGUACCUAUUGAUAGCAAGGGAACAGUGGUUGGUGUUCAAGAAAAGGCAGUGGAAAUUGUAUUUGAUACUCCAUUCAUGGGUGGACAAGAUUUAUCUGGAAGAUGUUCUGAAUAUCGUGGAUUGGUUCUUCCAUUCUAUGCUGUUCUCAAUCUUACGGUGCCUCAAUUCGCCUUUGAACCCAUGGGGCAAAGACCUACCCAUAGUAGUAACAAAGAAAAUCGCCAAACACCGUAUCAACAAAAACAGCAACAACAACAACAACAACACAAACAAUACCGUGGUCAUGGUCAAGAUGGACAACAACAAAUACAACCUCAGCGGAUCAUGAAGAAAGCAAACGGUCCAACUUCAUCCCGGGAUUAGAGGAAUCUUCUAUCCAUUUUUUUUUAAUUUUUUUUAAUUUUUUGUUUUUUGUCCAUUUCCCUGAUUUAUUGUUAUAGUUGUAGAUUUUUUUUUAUUACUAUUGUAGUUAGUGCAGAAAUUGUAUAUUAUCAAUCAAUCAAUGAUCCGGGGAUCAAAUAAACGUUAUUUUUUUGAACACUAAUCACAGACUGCUUUCAGCAACAUCUAG